AUGAAGUGGGUUUUAGUUCUUGGGGCCCUGGUGGCUUUCUCCGAGUGUAUUCGGGUGCCCCUGAUCAGAGGUAAGACAGCCCGGCAGACACUGCAGGAAAAAGGUCUUUGGGAGGAGUACAGGAAAAAGUUCCCAUAUCAGCCCAUGCUCAAGUUCCAGCAGACGCAGAGGCUGAAUGGUAUUGAGACCAUGACCAAUGAUGCUGAUAUAGAUUACUACGGCAUCAUCUCCCUGGGAACUCCUCCCCAGUCCUUCAGAGUUAUCUUUGACACUGGCUCCUCCAACCUGUGGGUGCCCUCUGUGUACUGCACCAGUAGCCCUGCUUGCAAGAACCAUCGGAAGUUCAACCCUGAUGCUUCCAGCACUUUCAACAGCACCACAAAGCCUAUCCAGAUUCAGUAUGGAACUGGCAGCAUGACGGGAAUUCUGGGUUACGACACCCUGGAGGUGGGCGGAAUCACUGUGAGCAACCAGAUCUUUGGCCUGACUAAAACUGAGGGUCUGUUCAUGGAGUACAUGACAUGGGAUGGUAUCCUGGGUCUUGCCUUCCCUUCCAUUUCUGCAGCUGGAGCCACUCCCGUAUUUGACAACAUGAUGGAAAAGGGUCUUGUCUCCCAGCAACUCUUCUCUGUCUACCUCAGUAGAAAGACUGCCACCAGUGCGGUGUUAUUUGGUGAGAUUGACCCUCAGUACUACACCGGCAGCUUGAGCUGGGUUCCUCUGACCUCCGAGACCUACUGGCAGAUCAAGAUGGACAGUGUCACCAUCAAUGGAGAUGUUGUUGCUUGUGCUGGUGGAUGUCAGGCCAUUGUCGACACCGGAACCUCCCUUGUUAUUGGACCGUACAAUGACAUUCAGAACAUUAACGGUUGGGUGGGCGCCAACACCAACCAAUAUGGGAAUCCUGUCGUGUCGUGUGGUAACAUUAUGAGUAUGCCUGAGGUCGUCUUCCAUAUCAAUGGACAGCCUUUUGUUCUACCAGCAACUGCAUUUGUGUCUCAGACAUCCGAUAGCUGUACUACUGGUUUUAGUCCUGGAGGUGGCACUGUCUGGAUCCUGGGGGACGUUUUCAUCAGAGAGUUUUACACUGUCUUUGACAGACAGACAAAAGUGGUUGGUUUUGCUACAGCUGUGUGAACACAAUCUUAUUGUAAAAUUAAAUAUUUACUUUACCAUACCUUGUUUAGUAAGAAUUAUGAACAUGAUUUAAUGUGCACAA